UUCCUGAGGUAGGCGUGAUUAUUCAAUUGCAAUUAUGUAUAAUGGGUGUUCAAACCGUCAUCAGUUGCAACAAUAUUAGCAAGUAAUUAAUCUUUUGUAAUAUAAUUAUGCACGUUUUUCACUGAGAGUGACAUUUGAUUUUUAGCCAGAAAGUUCAUUAUUUUAUUGUGAAAUGCAAAUUUAAUCUGAAUUAAAGUACAUUAAUAAAUACUUAAACUACUGUGCGAUAGAAGCAUAUUAUUCAACGAUUCUGGUUUUCUAUUAGAAUUUUUAACUCUACCAUUGAAUCUAAGAAUUUUUAUCUGCAAAUUACUACGAGAAAUUCAAUCGUAUUGGUAGUAUAGAAGAUAACGAUUUUGAUUUCCAAAAAUUUUAUUACUUACGAAAUUCGAUAAUCAUUAUAUUUGAAGCAUUGUGCCAAAGAAGGACAUUUUUUAUUCAUCCUGUGUGGAAAAUCAUUUUUACCUAAAGAAAAUAUAAACAAGUUAAUCAGGUUUUUUUUCUUAUGACUUAUGAAGAAUAGAGCCAGAACGAAUUUUCAAAUUAUAUUGAUUUACGUUAUCAUCUUACGACAUGGAAAAACCAUAUGCAUGUGAAAUCUGCAAAAAGACAUUUUUCAGGAAAUCGCAUUUAAAAAGACAUUAUCUUGUCCAUUCAAAAGUGAGACCGUUUGUCUGUGAGGUAUGUAAUGCGUCAUUUUCUCGAAAAUAUCACUUAAAUAGGCAUUAUCUUGUUCAUAAAAAAGAUAGGCAAUACGUCUGUGAAAUAUGUAAUAAGACAUUUUACCGAAAAGACAGUAUUAAUAACCAUUAUCUUAUCCAUACACAAGUGGAACCAUUUUGCUGUGAAGUGUGCGAUCAGACAUUUGCAUGUAGAUCCUAUUUAAAUCGACAUCGCCUUGUUCAUAGGAAGGAAAAACCGUUUGUCUGUGAAAUAUGUAGUAAGAAAUUUUCCCAGAAAUCUUAUUUAAAUGCUCAUUAUCUUGUUCAUACCAAAGAAAAACCAUUCGUUUGUGAAGUAUGCAAGCAAUCGUUUCCCACAAGAUCCAAAUUAAAACGUCACUAUUUUGUUCAUACGAAAGAAAAGCGUUACAGCUGUGAUGUAUGUAACGAGAAAUUUUCACUGAAGUAUCACUUAAAUAACCACUACCAAAUUCGAAGCACCGUGCCAAAGAAGGAACAUUUUUCAUUCGUUCUGUGUGGAAGAUCAUUUUUAUCAAAAUAUAAACAAGUUAAUCAGUUUUUUUUUUCUUCUUCGUAUAACUUAUCAAGAAUAGAGCCAGAAGGAAUUUUCAAAUUAUAUUGCUUUACGUUAUCAUCCUCUUACGCCAUGGAAAGACCACAUGCAUGUGAAAUCUGCAAAAAGACAUUUUUCACGAAAUCGAGUUUAAAAAGACAUUAUCUUGUCCAUUCAAAAGUGAGACCGUUUGUCUGUGAGGUAUGUAAUGCGUCAUUUUCUCAAAAAAAUAACUUAAAUAGGCAUUAUCUUGUUCAUAAAAAAGAUAGACAAUACAUCUGUGAAAUAUGUAGUAAGACAUUUUACAGAAAAGACAGCUUUAAGAGACAUUAUCUUUUCCAUACACAAGUGGAACCAUUUUGCUGUGAAGUGUGCGAUGAAACAUUUGCAUCUAGAUCCAAUUUAAAUCGACAUCGAAUUGUUCAUAGGAAGGAAAAACCGUUUGUCUGUGAAAUAUGUAGUAAGAAAUUUUCCCAGAAAUCUUAUUUAAAUGAUCAUUAUCUUGUUCAUACCAAAGAAAAACCAUUCGUUUGUGAAGUAUGCAAGCAAUCGUUUUCCAUAAGAUCCAGUUUAAGACGUCACUAUAUUGUUCAUACGAAAGAAAAGCGUUACAGCUGUGAUGUAUGUAACGAGAAAUUUUCCCGGAAGUAUCAUUUAAAUAAGCACUACCAAAUUCAUACCGAAUAAACGGCAUAUCUGUGAAACACGAAGGAAGUCAUUGUUCUAAAAAAUAUUAUUUAAAUUGACAUUUUUUUGUUCAUAAAUGCAAAACCAUGCGAAGGAAAUUUGCAUUCGAUAAUCCUCUCAGAAAUCUCAUCACCAUUAUUUGAAUAUUCACUCGUCAGAAAAGUCAUUUAAUUGUAUAAUAUGUAUUAAAACAGCAUCCAGAAAGCCUGAUUUAACUGAACAUAAUCUUGAUCAUACAAAAGAAAAAGCUUAAUAAUAAUAGUAUGAAGUUAAGAUAUGAUAAUCAAUUGUAAUAUUAA